UCUACCAGUGCCGUUUCUCCCGCGCCUUGUUUUUCAAGGAUCACUCCCCGAUCUGACUGUCUGACUGACCGACCUCUUUCCCUUCUCCUUUCCCCUCUCUAUCUCUCUCUAUAUUCGGAUCCCCACGCGCAAGAAGCGCUCAAAUCAUGAGCACACCCGCCCCCAGCACCGUCAGGCGCAGCCUUGCAGACGAAGAAACUCCUCUUCUCGGCCGAAAUGGUGCCGACGGCGGAAAGUCGGAUGCACAUGCCACUCUGCACCGCAUGAGGUGCUACAUGCAGACCAACGUCAACAGAAACUGGGCUGAUGUAGUCUUGAUCCUGUGUUACAUGAUUACAGGCCUGCUGGAUAGCUCGGCUGUGUUCAUCUGGGGCUCGUUUGUGAGCAUGCAGACCGGAAACACCGUCUACCUAGGCCUAGGCAUUGUCGCUCCAUCCGAGGGCAUCCGCUGGAUCAAAGCCGGUAUAUCAAUCACCGCAUUCUGCGUUGGUUCCUUUUGCUUUGCGCGCUUUCAUCGCUACUUUUCCCCUGCAAAGCGUUGGGUACUGAUUGCCUCGUACUCGUUCCAAAUGCUGCUUAUUGUCUUUGCGGCGAUUAUUACGACCUUUGGCAAGAACACGGGAGAAGGUCUGCACUGGCAGGUCUUGCUGCCACUUGCUUCUGUGGCGUUUCAGUCGAGUGGCCAGGCGGUUACGUCGCGCGCGCUCAAGUAUAAUGGUUUGACUAGUGUGGUGCUGACAAGUAACUACUGCGACUUGUUUUCUGAUCCGGAGCUGUUCAAGAUGUCGAAUGUGGAGCGUAAUAGGAGAAUUGGUGCGCCGCUUGCUUUGGUCAUUGGAGCAUGCAUGGGUGGGCUGUUUGCGCAUAGCAGUGUAGGCCUCGCGGGCUCCCUGUGGACUGCGGCGGGACUGAAGUUCAUGGCUAUUUUUGCCUGGGCAUUGUGGAAAUCGGAGAAGAUUGAGGAGUAGAGUAUGGGCAAGUUCAAAUGUUCAUCAUACCGAAGAGACCUGUUGACGUCUACUGAUGGGGGAUCGAACAGUACAUUUCUAACGCUGAUAGAAUUCACAUCCAAGUGUGAAAGUUUGGAUGCCGGAUAUUAGAGGGGACUAUGCAGCACAUUCGUAGUCC